CUCCUCCUCGAAUAUGAGCAAGCUGAAGAGAGCAAAAGAGAUAGAGAGGGGGAGGGAGUUAAAUAAGAGUGAGAGCGAGAUCGAUGGCUCUCCAAUCCUUCCUCCAACUAUUUCUAACAAGCCAAUUCGUCGACUGCUCGAGGGUCGUCGACGCGCGCCUGAAAAAGUCGCCUGUGGCUGCGAAGAUUCGAACGGUGAGCUACGAGGGGUUCCAGAUGCCGCUGCACUACCCGCGGUGCAAGAAAGAGGACUACAUGAAGAUGGAGGAGUGGAGGUUGGAUUUGUUGCUGAGGGAGUAUGGUUUGGUCUUUGAUGGGUCUCUUGAGGAGAAGAGAGAUUAUGCCAUGGGUGCCUUCUUAUGGCCUGAUCAACUUUAAAAACUGUGCUAGAACAUAUAUAUUAUAUGUAUUAUAUAUAUGUAUUAAUUAAUGUGAUGUGCUCAAUAAGUUUCUGGUGAUAGCUGGAGAAGGAGAUGAGCUUGGUACGUAUGUGUAAAUACGUAAGGCAUCUUAUAAUUAUCGGCAUAUAAACUUAUAUAGGUUGCAUGCAUGCUUUUUCUUUUUUUCUUUUUUUUGGUGUGCGUGAGAGGGGGACUAUAUAUAAAUCAAUAAUAUUCUAGUUUCUUUCUCGGUC